CCCGCUGCUGCCCCCUCCCAAGAGCUGCAUUUUGUCGACGACUCGCUCUUCGCCACACUCAACGCAGCCAUGAUGGAAAUCGCCAGCCGCCAGCUGGCCCCACACCACCAGCCAAUCACAGCCGCCUCGUCAAAACUCUCCUUCAAGGACACCACCUGGACCUUUCCCAAGAAGCUCAAGAAGAAGCGCAGACGCCCCAGCGACCUCUUCAACAUCAACUUUGGCUUUGGCUUCUCGUCGCGCCGCCGCCAGUCGUCCGACGACUCGCCUCACGUGAGCCCCCGCACCAGCAUCUCGUCGCCCUCGGCCUCGCCCCGCGCCGACCUCAUGGAGAGCUUCAAGCGCCAGAGAAUCGACUCGACCGGCUCAGACAUGCACCAACCAGAGGACCCUCACCCGGGCCAGCUCGUCGACUUCUCCCUCAGCCCUGCUUCUCUCGCUCUCCACGCACCGCCCACCCCGGCCCCGGUCCCGGCCCCGCCCACGAUGCUCCCCUUGCCCGAGCUAUCUACCGACUUCAACACCCGACCCACCACCGACGCUUAUGACGACUACCUUGCCGCCACCACCACCACCACCCACCGCCGCAACUCGUUUCCCGCUGUCGACUGGGACAAUGCCGCCGCCACUACCAAGGAGCUUCUUGAAAUCGACCCCAAGGACACCACCACCAUCACCACUACUACUGUUGCUCCUCUCCCAGCUCAGCCCUUGGAAGCCUCCAAGUGCGAGCUCCGCCGCACCACCAGCGACCCCUCCACCGAGCGCUUCCUGACUCACAUUCGCGCCAGUCUUGAGGCCAGGAGGAGCAAGAGUGGCAGGACAUGGCAAACAUAUCCCGUCUUUGCCGAUGAAGUCGAAAAGGGCUUUCUCGAUGACGCUCCAUUGUAA